UUGAAAAAGAGAAGAAAGAAUAAUAGUAAUAAUGGGAGGUCCUAGCAUGAUGAAUAUUGUGUUUAUAUCAAAGUUGUUUCUUGUAGUUUGUGCACAAAGAAGCUCAACUGAACUUACAAAAGGGUUCUACAGCAAUACAUGUCCAAAUGUUGAACAAUUAGUUCGUUCUGCCGUGGAGCUCAAGUUCCAGCAAACCUUUGUCACUGCUCCUGCCACUCUUCGUCUCUUCUUCCAUGAUUGUUUUGUUAGGGGUUGUGAUGCUUCAAUUUUGCUUGUAUCUCCAAAUAAUAAAGCAGAGAAAGAUCAUCCUGAUGACAUUUCAUUAGCUGGUGAUGGUUUUGACACUGUGAUUAAAGCUAAACAAGCUAUUGAUAGUGAUCCUCAGUGCACAAACAAAGUCUCUUGUGCUGAUAUACUUGCUCUUGCUACAAGGGAUGUUGUUAAUUUGAGUGGGGGACCCUUUUAUGAAGUUGAAUUGGGAAGGCGUGAUGGAAGAAUAUCUACAAUUGCAAGUGUUCAACGCCAUCUUCCUCAUCCUCAAUUCAAUUUGGAUCAACUCAAUUCAAUGUUUAGCUUCAAUGGCCUCUCCCAAAUUGAUAUGAUUGCUUUAUCAGGUGCACAUACAAUUGGAUUCUCUCAUUGCAACCGGUUCUCAAAAAGAAUCUACAACUUCAGCCCAACAAGUAGAAUUGACCCAACACUAAAUUUACAAUAUGCCUUUCAACUUAGACAAGCAUGUCCUCUAAAAGUUGAUCCUAGGAUUGCAAUAAAUAUGGACCCUAUCACACCUCAAAAGUUUGACAACCAAUAUUUCAAGAAUUUGCAACAAGGAAUGGGACUCUUUACUUCGGAUCAAGUAUUGGCUAUAGAUGAAAGGUCAAAAGACACAAUCAACUUAUUUGCAUCAAAUGAAGUAGCUUUUGAAAGUGCUUUUGUUGAUGCUAUUACUAAGUUGGGAAGGAUUGGUGUUAAAAGUGGAAAUCAAGGUGAAAUAAGGUUUGAUUGCUCAAGUGUGAACUAAGGGAAUGAUAAUGUUAUUGUUCUUUAGAAUAAUGCUUGAUAGAAUACACAAACUAUUAUGUCAAGUUUCUCAUACCAAAGUGAAUAGAAGGAGGAGGAUGGAAAUGUGAAAAUUACAAGGGAGAAUUUGAAAUAAGAUGGUAAUAAUUGUGAAGAUAUGAGGUGAUGUGUCACAAUAUGUGUGAGUCGCAUUACUUAUAUGAAUUUUGUAUAUUUAAAUGUCAUUGUUGAAUUAAUUAUUGGAGUUGUUUUAAAUAUGUGUGGGUGAGUAUUCAUAAAGCUGAUGAUCAAGGGUAUUUCUACAUAUACAAUAAUUGUAAUUGAUGCAAAUUAUAUUAUAGUUAAUUAAUUAUGUCUAA